CGACUUCGAAAUGGGAAAAAUUUUACGGGAAAAUGUUUUAAGCAAGGAUUGCCUCCCUUGGUAGAAAUAGUUUUCUUUUUUCUUUUAUUUGUUUCUUUAACAAUCUGAAAAUCGUUUGGAGAGAGGAAAAUGGAACGAAGCUAGAGUUUGAAUUUAUUUAUUAUUCUUUCUCUUACACUCGUCGUGUUUUCUGCAAUAAGGAAAUGUUACCUUAACGGCAGCUAGUCGAUUUGCUUCAGUUUUGAUUUUCGGGAUCAUUUUUAUAGAUGGAACGUGUUUUGCGCUGUCACCGCUUCUAAUAAUGGCGAGGUGAGAGCUGCUUGUUGAUGUUGUUUUAGAAGAGAUUAAACUCCAUGCCGAGAUAGAGAAAUUAUAUUCAAUACUGGAGAAAAUACGGACUCUCCUUUUUCGGAAGUCGAUCAUUUUACACUGCAGCACGUAUCUUAAUCACCAAAUUGAGGCACCGAGGCUGCGUUCAACCCGAAAACACACGCUUUCUUGAUAUUAUAUAUUUAUAUUUUUUAUUACUUUCUCAUGAAAAACUGUGGCUGAAAAAAGCUCCGCUGCUUUACAACGGGUUUUCUCCUCCUGCUGUUACGACGACGAGGGAGGGUAGCCGUUACCGAAACCCUCAUUUUCUGCUUUCCCUGACUAUAUCUGACCGUCCCUCUAGAUUCUGCCGUGUCGUCCCAAAAACCAACAAACAUGGUUCCCCUCGAAGGGAACCAUUUUAAAAGGGAAUACCCCACCCGAUGUGCGACUUAAAAGCAUCUUACGUAUGGUUGGCAUUUAGCCAGCUUCCCUUCCGAUGCUGCUUUGGUGAAAGAAUCUUCUCGAAAAAGCAUCGUUUCUCUGGCCAAAGUUGUCUGCAGCAUCCAGGACAGAAGCGAAUUUCUAUUUUAAACUGUUACAAGUCGUUGAUUGUGGUUUUAUUCUUUGGCGCUGCAGAUCCACUGAAAGAACUAGUGUAUCUCUCACAGAAUCAAUGACUUUAGACAAUCUAAUGGUCGUUGAAUCUGAAGCAAAGAAUCAAACUGGAACAGAUAGCUCCAGGAAUGUCACAUUUGAAUCCAGUAACUCGGCAAGUGACGCGUGUCUACAGGACAACACCUCCAAGAGCUCGUGUGAAAACAAUGCUUCUAUAUGCAAGUUGGAAGCUUCUGGUUCUGAAAGUCUUUCCCCUAUAGAAUUAGGUGAAGGCCAUUCUUUAGCUGCCGAUUCUCUUUCGGAGAACUUCAAACAUGACGUCAGAAUCUACGAAACUGCUCAAAAUGCCAUCAUUGAAUUGUUACAGAAGACCAAGAAAGCCGACGAAGAAGACGGCACUUUUGAGAAUGUGACAAACGAAACGAGAGUUGCCACUGAUAGCAUUCAGGGGUUGAGUGAUUUUGAUGAAAUUGAGGACGAAGACGAAGAGGAUGGUGCAAGCAGCGAAUUAGAGACGACACAGAGAACUCUUGCUGGACUUGUGGAAUUGUCGGGCAACCUUUAUGAAAUUUCAAACUUUCCUCAAAAUCCUUCGAAAGAAGAUUUCAACGAAACCAACUGUAUUGAAAAUAAUGUUUCAGGAGAACUCGGUACAGUUGAAGGAGGCCACGCCUAUAUAACAACAGACUCCGUAGGAAAUUUGGAGAUUUAUGGGGGGAAAUCUACUGUCGAUGCAGAGAUUCUAACAAACAGUAUUGUUGAUUGUGAAAGUUCUACCAAUGAUAGAAGUCAGGGAGAGGAGAAUUAUGUGGAUUCGAUGAGUGAAAAUGAUGCCACUGUAAAUAUAAUUGCAACAUUAGAUACUGAGGAGUCCAAUGAAAUCCACACUCGUAUGAAGCAGAUAUUGGAUGGUUCCGGAACGAGUGAGCCCACAAAUAUAGACAACUGUGAGAAAGGACUCUGUGAUUCUACUGCUGCAGCUGCUGCUGGUUUUGAGAACAAAAUUUGUGAUUCUGGAGGCUUGGAGAAUUCUUCCGGUGGAGAAAGCCUGUCGGAAAGUGUUGGCAUCGGUGCGAGAGAAAGCAACCCACCGCGUGGAGAACAACACAACGACAUUUGCAGUCGAGUAAAUUCAAAAGGCAAUAUUUGUGAAAGUGUCCUUCCAAUGGACAAUAUUUGCGGCGCUGAUGUUGCUAUGAACGAUUUGUGUGAGGCAGACCUUCCUAUGUCAGAUAUGUGUGAACCAGAAAUCCCUAUCAGUGACGUGUGUGCUGCAGAGAUACCAAUGGCUGAUGUGUCUGAUAUUGCAAUGCAAGACAUCUGCGAAUCUGAUAUUCAGAUGAAUGCCAUAUGUGAUAGCGAUAUCUCUAUGAAUAACAUUUGCGCCUCUGAUAUCCAGAUUGGCACAGUGUGUGGGCCAGAAAUUACCAUGAGCAAUAUCUGUGGCACCGAUAUUGGGAUGAAUAAUGUAUGUGUGGCUGAUAUUUCAAUGAGCAAUAUCUGUGUAGCCAACAGUCCUGGCAAUAAUAUCUGUGUAUCGGAUAGUCCUGGGACCCAUAUCAACUUCGCUGGAACCAGUAUUUGUACAUCGGACAGUCCCGGUAAUAUAUGUGUCACCGAUAGUUUAACCAAUAAUAUCUGCACCCAGGAAGUUCUUGCUAAUAACAUCUGCGCCACGGAUGCUUUGGGAAAUACAAUUUGCACAGCAAUUACACUUGAGAACAACAUCUGUGCCACCGACAUAUCAAACCUCUGUGUAGCGAGUGUGGCAAAGAACGUCAACCAAGAAGCAUUAACCAACUCCGAUGGCAGUGUGGCCAGCAUUUGCCAGACUGAUACCCAGGGUGGUUUGGUUGAUGUAAGCAUGAUCAAAACGGAACCAGCCAGCAGCAAUACGUACGGGGUUUGUCUGACUCAGAACCAAACAAACGACCAGGUUGCCGAGACAACGGCACCGGAUGCUACUAAGAAGAAAAGACCAAGUCGACCAAAGUCAUCGGUACCCGAGACUUGUACUGUUUGUAACCGAGUGUUUACAAAUUCAACCAGUUUGAAGAAACACAUGAAAACCCAUUCGGGUGAGAAACCGUUUGAAUGUGAUGUUUGUAAAAAAUGUUUCCAGGAACCAAGCAACUUGAAGCGACACAAGAUCAUCCACUCAGGUGAGAGGCCGUUUAAAUGUAAAGUUUGUGAGAAAGCAUUUUCACAGUCGUAUACGCUGACCAGACACAUGCGCACUCACAAACCCAAAACAGAAUCUGUUGAGACGGUCAACGCUACAAGCGGAGCAGUUGUCACGACCACCGACAGCACCGUUGCGAUCAGUGAAAAUGGAUCUGAAGACCUGAAACCAUUGGCUACCAGCAGUUGUGUUUCUGCUCUGCCAGCUAUUAGUUCGUGUGUUACUGCUUUACCUGCGAUCAGUACCUGUAUGACGGCCCUGCCAUCAAUUAGUACAUGUAUUACAGCUCUGCCAACUAUUAGUACAUGCAUGACUGCUCUACCGACUAUAGGUACUGUACUACCAACUAUCGGCACCUGCGCCACGGUGCUGCCGACCAUCAGCACCUCAGGCACCACUGUCUUACCUAUGAACAACAACACCAUACUCCAGGGCAACAACGCUUGCCUGGCAGUUAUUACAAACAACGGAGAGACUGUGUCUUCAGUUGGCAACAUUUGCACAGCUGGACUUGUUAACACCAUAUUGGCUGCUGCAAGCUCAUCUGACAACCUCGGCAAUGGUUUGUGCGCUGCCGAGGGCCCCACAGUUGAAAUAGAGAGCAGUAUGUGCUCUCCUACUGAACUUGCAGUUGCCGUGUGUGGCACCGACGUCUCCAAGAACAGUGGAGGCGAAUCAACCGUAUCUUCCAAGGAAUCGGAAACUUUUGAUUUGGAUACUCUCAGGGAAAAUGUUGAAUCUGCUUCGGUGGAAGCUGUUGUUGAUGGGAACCAGGUGUCUGAGGAGGGGCUGUUGGAGGAGAACAAGAUGGUGGUGUGUAAAGUGGAACCAAUAGAUAUUCAGAACGAAAUAUUUGAGACGGCAGAAACGAUCAAAACUGAAGGUGGCGUGAACAGUAACAGCAAUGGUAGCAGUGCCAACGGACAGAAGAAGAAGAAGAAAGCGAAUCGCUCCAAGUCAGUGGUUUCAGAAGCUUGCGCUAUUUGUAGCCGGGUGUUUACGAAUCUGACAACUCUAAAGAAACACCUGAAAACUCACACAGGGGAGAGGCCAUUCGAGUGUGAAGUGUGUCACAAAUGUUUCCAGGAGCCGAGUCAUUUGACCAGGCACAAAAGAAUUCAUUCUGGAGAGAAACCAUUUAAGUGCAAAGUCUGUGAGAAGGCCUUCUCCCAGUCGUACACGCUGACCCGGCACAUGCGAACACAUUCCGGCGAACGCCCGUUCAAGUGUGAUGUCUGCAGCAAGGCCUUCUCCCAGUCCUACACACUUACUGUACACAGGCGGACACACUCCACCGACCGACCUUAUGAGUGUGAGAUAUGUCACUCCAAGUUCUUUGAGGCGUCCCAUCUCACUCGCCAUUUCCGGACACACAUAGGAGAACAGCACUUCACCUGUGAACUUUGUCAUAAACACUUCUAAAGGAAGGAAGGUGCCUUGGCCUUCACUUCGUGCUGGAAAAACAUAGAAUUCAAAAAAA